AUGUGUAUCAGUAUACAGAAAUGUAAUCAUAAAUAUCAUGAGAGGCAUAAAAAAUCAUAUCAUCAACUGACUUCAGAAAAAAAAACCAAAAAACCAAAUGCGUACUUGUUGUUGUGGAGGUCGACAUUGCCAGAGGCUGAGAAGGCGUCGAAGUCGCCUGAGGAAGCUGCUGAUUUCAGAAAACCCUCUUCCCGCCUACGUCUCAAAGGAAAAGCACAUCACCCAAUCCACCCACUAUCUUCUGGCGAUUUUUUCCCAGAUUUCGAAUCGGAUCCAAGAGUAGGCGGAGAAAAGUUUGAGUAG